AAAACACCAAAACCCCAGAUAAGACGGUCGAAAAACUACUUCAAAGUUGAAGCGCAAAGCAAAUAUGCUGCUACUGUUUCGUUUUGCACUUUGAAUCUCUCAAUUCUGCAUCCAAAAAUGGAGCUCACAAUCCCAUACAAACCAAACCCACUACUUUUCUGUUCAGCACCACUCUCACAGACCUCCCACUCCCAGAGUUCCAUUCUUUUCAAGCUUCCCACAAAACACAGGCUCAAAAUUUCCCGCCAGAGACCCACUUUCCGGGUUCUAGCUUCCGCAAACCCAAAUGGGUCUGAUGGGUUUUCAUGGUUGAGUCUGACUCGGUCAGUCCGCCGUGGCUCCGGGCGCUUCUGGUCGAAACUUGGCGAGUCGGUGAAGAAGGAAAUUGGGUUUGAUUUGGAAGAUACCAAUGUGAAGGUGGGCGAGUUUGUAGGGCAAGUUAGUGAAGGGGUGAGGAAGGGUGGGGCUGAGUUGGAAAGGUUUAGGACUGAGUUGGUGCCCGAGUUCGUGAGUUGGAAUCGGUGGGAGCGUUGGAAGGAUCUCAAAACAUGGGAGCCCAAACGAAUUGGUGCCUUGAUUCUCUAUAUAUUUGUUGUGAUAAUUUCCUGCCAAAGAAUAUAUAUAGCUGUUCGAGCUCCUUAUCUAAAUCGCCAAAGAAAGGAGCUAACAGAGGCUUAUAUGGAGGCAUUGAUUCCUGAGCCAUCUCCUAGUAAUGUUAGAAAGUUUAAGAAGGGUAUAUGGAGGAAGACAAUGCCCAAAGGCCUGAAAAUGAAGAAGUUUAUUGAAGGACCUGAUGGAACACUUAUUCAUGAUAGUUCUUAUGUUGGAGAGGAUGCAUGGGAUGAUGAUCGAGAGCCUACUCCGGACAAUGUGAAACAAAUUAUUGAGAGUGAUAUCAAAUUGAAUGCAGAAGAAAAGAAGGAACUGAAGGAAGACUUGGGCAUUUCGGGUGAAGCUCAAGAAAGUAGAGAAACAUGGCGUGAAAGGCUUCAUACUUGGAAGGAGAUCCUCAGAAAGGAAAAGUCAGCUGGACAAUUAGAUUCCAUAAAUGCCAAGUAUGUAGUUGAGUUUGACAUGAAAGAGGUUGAAAACAGUCUUCGCAAGGAUGUGGUGGAAAAAGUAACAGAGACACAAGGAAGUAGAGCACUCUGGAUAUCCAAGAGAUGGUGGCGCUAUCGUCCUAAACUUCCUUACACUUAUUUUCUUCACAAACUUGAUUGCUCUGAGGUUGCCGCUGUAGUCUUUACAGAAGACUUGAAGAGAUUGUAUGUAACAAUGAAAGAAGGCUUCCCAUUAGAAUAUGUUGUCGAUAUUCCUUUAGACCCUUACUUGUUUGAGAUUAUCUCCAGUUCUGGAGUUGAAGUUGAUCUCCUCCAAAAGCGUCAGAUCCAUUACUUUAUGAAAGUUUUGAUGGCAUUAGUGCCUGGAAUUUUGAUAUUGUGGCUUAUAAGGGAGUCUGUGAUGCUUCUGCACAUCACUUCUAAGCGUUUUCUUUACAAAAAGUAUAAUCAACUCUUUGAUAUGGCAUAUGCAGAAAAUUUUAUCCUGCCUGUUGGAGAUGUCAGUGAAACAAAAUCGAUGUAUAAGGAAGUAGUAUUGGGGGGUGAUGUUUGGGAUCUUCUCGAUGAGUUGAUGAUUUAUAUGGGAAACCCCAUGCAAUAUUAUGAAAAGGGCGUGAAAUUUGUUCGGGGUGUGCUUCUUUCUGGACCUCCUGGAACAGGAAAAACACUCUUUGCAAGGACACUUGCAAAGGAAAGUGGGUUGCCCUUUGUUUUUGCUUCUGGUGCAGAGUUUACAGAUAGUGAAAAGAGCGGUGCAGCAAGGAUCAAUGAGAUGUUUUCUAUCGCAAGGAGAAAUGCUCCUUCUUUUGUAUUUGUUGAUGAAAUUGAUGCUAUUGCUGGAAGGCAUGCAAGAAAAGAUCCUCGAAGAAGGGCAACAUUUGAGGCGCUGAUUACACAGCUUGAUGGGGAGAAGGAAAAAACUGGUGUUGAUCGGUUCUCACUCAGACAAGCUGUGAUAUUCAUCUGUGCUACCAAUAGGCCAGAUGAAUUGGACCUUGAGUUUGUUCGCAGUGGACGUAUUGACCGUCGUUUGUACAUUGGUCUGCCUGAUGCAAAGCAACGAGUGCAAAUUUUCGGCGUGCAUAGUGCAGGAAAGCAACUUGCAGAAGAUGUCGACUUUGAAAAACUUGUCUUCCGUACUGUUGGGUUUUCUGGGGCAGAUAUCCGUAAUCUUGUCAAUGAAGCAGCAAUAAUGUCGGUGAGGAAAGGACACUCCAAGAUCUAUCAGCAAGACAUGGUUGAUGUGCUAGAUAAACAAUUGCUUGAGGGUAUGGGCGUACUUCUCACAGAGGAAGAGCAGCAGAAAUGCGAACAAAGUGUGUCUUUUGAGAAGAAGAGACUGUUGGCUGUACAUGAAGCUGGUCACAUACUAUUAGCUCAUUUGUUUCCUCGAUUUGAUUGGCAUGCAUUUUCUCAGCUCCUGCCUGGUGGCAAGGAAACCGCAAUAUCUGUGUUCUAUCCCCGAGAAGAUAUGGUAGACCAAGGUUAUACAACCUUUGGCUACAUGAAAAUGCAAAUGGUGGUAGCUCAUGGUGGGCGUUGUGCAGAACGUGUUGUGUUUGGCGAUGACAUUACUGAUGGAGGAAGGGAUGAUCUAGAGAAGAUAACGAAGAUUGCCAGAGAGAUGGUAAUCAGCCCUCAAAAUGCCAGAUUGGGCCUUACUUCUUUAACAAAAAGAGUUGGACUGAUGGAUCGACCAGAUAGUUCAGAUGGGGAGUUGAUAAGAUACAGGUGGGAUGACCCUCAUGUGAUUCCGGCAAAUAUGACACUCGAAGUUUCUGAGCUAUUUACUCGGGAGUUGACAAGGUACAUUGAAGAAGCAGAAGAACUUGCUAUGCGUGGUCUGAGGGAUAACAGGCAUAUACUGGACAUGAUCACAAAAGAACUACUGGAAAAGUCAAGGAUAACUGGAUUGGAAGUUGAAGAGAAAAUGAAGGGCCUAUCACCAGUAAUGUUUGAGGAUUUUGUAAAGCCCUUCCAGAUCAACUUGGAAGAGGAGGGACCACUGCCGCACAAAGAUCAGUUGCGAUAUCAACCAUUGGACAUAUAUCCUGCGCCACUCCACAGAUGUUAAAAUGUCUCCAGAUGCUCAUACUUACAGUUCCUUGCACUUAAAAAGUGACAGUCUUUUCAGUUCCUGUGCAUCAUCAGGAGUCGCAAGCCAUCUGGGAUGUUCACGGCCUCAUUGACGUAUCUUGUUGAAUUUAACAGAACCACCAAUGACGAGCAAGCGUUAGAUUUACCAGUGAACUACCAGGUGAAGUGAGGAUGCUAACUGCUGCAUUGAAGUCAAAUUCUCUGAAUAUUGGAUGCCUGUCUGCAGGUGAGGCUUGAAUAUAACUAGCUGCUUAUUGACAGAAACCUCUGAUCAUGCAUGGUUUUGUAGUUUGAGAUGAGGCUCCCAGUUUUGUUUUGUUUAUCAUCUUUAUUCAUUUGUGUUCCAAAAUAUACUAGAGUUAUUUCAUGAGGUCAUCAAAUCCGCCUUCUGGCAUGCAUUUGUAUUCUAGUUCGAUAUUUUUAUAAAAGGAAAUUGAUAUCCUUCAGUUUCAUGA